AUAGGGCACGUUUGAGCAGCACGGACGAGCAGUAGCUGCAUGUUUUUUUUUAAAGAAGUGUUUUACUAACGGUGGUGACAAAUGUGAAAAAGGAUAUUGCGCCAUUACGGGAAGAAUUGGCGAUAGUGCUAAAGAGAAAUAAUUAGUGGUGUAAAUUAAAUUCACAAGAUAAAAAAGGAGAAAAAAGGUGAAGUGACAAAAUUUGUAAUUUAUUAAGUGGUCAGCAUAUAAGUCCCUCGGUGGAAAUGGUUUGAAGUUUGGUGCGAUAUCGCUAUUAAAAUAAUUGAUGUGAGUGAGUAGUGGUGGCCAAGUGAUCGGAAAUUUGUGUGUACCAUGUUUUAUCAGUGAUCGGCGCCCAUAUGGUGGCAGCAGUGACAGCAGAAGAAGAGCCGAAAAUCAAUCAUCCACUAUCAGUAGUUGUUUGAUCUACGAGUGCAAUACACAAAACCCGGUGAGCCGACGACGACGGCCAUAUUCACCAUGGAUAGCGACACUGAUUUCGAGCGAAGCAUCAACAGCGCCAUGGACGCGUUGGAGAACGCCAUCGAGAACGGGUUCGACGAAGACUUCAAGGAACGGUUCAACCAUCGCUUCGAAGGCAGUUGGUCAGGCUUCCUACGAAAAAAGUGCGAGUGAGUGAGUGUGUUCAGUAACUUUUCCCCGUAUCUUGUUGUCUUGCUGAGUGAAGUUGUGAAAAGUGCUACAUUUUUGUUGCCAAAAUGUGGAACAAACUGUUCAAAAGUAAAUCGAAAUCUUCGAAAAAUCUCUCCAACCGCUCGUGCUCCUCUGGAUUGGAGGAGAAGGCACCAGUUCCAGGAUCGUCCAAAUCCACCGCAAACGGGCUUAACCUUGUGGCCCAGUACGAGCAGUAUGGCAGCAGUUUUGGCGAAAUGCCUGAGCCUGUGCGUAUGCGCGUUCGCUCGGAUGCACACGAUCCGAAUGCACUGGAUCUGGCCAGCUCCACGAACCAUCGCGAUUCCAUCGGUGUUGAGAUGUGUGGCAUACCGAUGCGUCGGUCCAAGUUAUCCAGUGCAUUUAAAAGUUUGAGCUUAAAACGAAGUGCUUCGAAAAGUCGACUGAAAUUAGCUACUAAUCAGCUGGAAGCGCCCGGUGGACACGGUACAGCGGUGGCUACGGUCGACACAGAUGGAGCCGAAAAGAAGAAUCUUACCGACUACGAGAUCCUAACUGCCGGCAAACGGGCAUCACUAAGGCCGUGUAAAUCAGAUAAUAAUCUCAACGAAAAACAGCAGUACACCGAGGUCGAAAAGGAAGAGCCUGUCUACAUUGAGCAGUGCAAGUCUUACGAAACGUUCGACCCCUCGUACGAGCCGCCACCAAACCUUGAACUGCAACCAUGCCCCAUAUGCUUGAGGAAGUUUGCACCGGCAUCGCUGCACAAACAUACCAGCAUCUGUGAGCGGGUUCAGACGAAGAAACGGAAACCGUUCGAUUCUUCCCGUCAGCGAAGGGAAGGCACCGAGCUUGCGUCUUACUUGCCGAAAAAUUUUGGACUCCCUCACAAGACGGUAAGCUCCUCAAAUGAGGCAAUACCCGUGCGUAAAUUAAGCCUCAGCAAAACCCCUACAUUCGAACGCAAAGAAUUCAACGCUACCACAAUGUCCACGUCGAUGCCGAGUGCUGCAAGUACGCCAAAGCCGGUAUUAAAACGCAGCAUGUCGCAACAGAACGAACCAUGCCCAUACUGCGAACGAUGCUUCGGCAUGAAAGCGUACGAUCGGCAUGUCGAGUGGUGUCGUGAGAAAGCGCUGCUGAACAGAAAUGUCAACAAUAACCAAAGCAUUUCAGCAGCGAAGGAAAGGCUUCAGGCUAGAAUUCAGUACAAAGCACCACAAAUACGAUCGAAACGUGCCUUAAAUCGAGAGAAGUAUUCGGGAAGCUUGAGCUGCGGAGGGUCCACGAACAGCCUUGCCGAAUUAGAUUUGCACAUGCCACGUCACAAUUCGAUGAGCUCAUCCGUCUCAAGCGAUAACAGAAAAUUCCACCUAUCACCAAAUUCAUUACAGCAAAACUCCUUGGGGAACGUAGCUAGCCUCGCCAAGGAACCAAAGAUCAUCAAACGCGAGGAAGCCAAGAAGGGCACGAAACGGACCAAGACAUUAGCACUCAGUAGUGAACGACUGCCUAGCGAUACGAACAAUAAUAACAAUAACAACACAAUUAACAAGAACGGUAGAGUAGAGCAGAACUACUGCAACCAUAAUAACAGCAGCAACGCCUUCAGCAACCGAAAUGACGCCGGUUGCCGUACGCAGCUAAAAAACCUACUGAACCGCUCCACUGUAGACAGCAACGUGACGACGACGACGUACAAGCCGCACAAACUACGGACCGCCGACCAGAGGGUUGAGAAGUUCGAAAUCAUUGGCCACAACAACCAUAGCGAACGGAUGACCCAUCGACCGGUCAUCGCGCAAACCGUGCGAUGCACGAGCAACAGUGGAUACAGCCCUGACCGGUACGAUCCAUUCCUGUCUGCUAGGCGACAGCUGGAGGAGUUGUUUUCUCCUACCACGUCGCUGAUAAAUGCCAGCACCGCAGGGAGCACUACCAGCACCUCACGGCUCAAUCAAAUGAGCACUAGCGGUGGUGGUAUCCCAUCCGACAAAGCGAGCAAUGGCGGUGCGUCGAAAGCUGCGCACCACAACUCGAACUUCCGGCGAGCGUACUCGUUGCGAAUGCCGCGCAAGGUGUCUCGCCCAAUGUAUGUGGAGAAGGCAAAGUCUAACAUACAGAAGGGCAUCACCGACGAUGGGCCGGUGUCGCCCAAUUUCCUCAAAUCCUCCGAAUACGACGAACUACCGAUCAAAUCGACAUUUAAUGCGCUGCAGAUGGCGGAACCGAAACCGAAGCUGCGCGACUCCAGUACGGUUCGCAAGAAUCUCAAGCUAGACAUCAAGGAUCCCAACAAUCCAGCCGGUGGCGAGAUACCUCUGUCCAAGACCGAUUCGUUAGCCGUAUUUUUGAAGUACGAAAACGAGCUUGCGUUCAGUGAAAAGGACAUGAAGGACAAGAGUAACAGUCUCAGCAAGCGAACGUCAUCGUUAAGCGCGGAUUCGACGCAACAGAAACAGAAACAGGAGCUGUUAAACAUUGCGCAAGCUUCGGUGAAAAGUAACGAAUCUUUAACAAAUGAUGAAGAACAGCAAACGAUAACGAAGCGAACGGUGGCACAGCAACCAGCGGAGGAUGAUGCGAUGAAAAAGCAGCCGCAAAAAUUGGUCCCAAUUAAGCUAGAACCAAUCAACAUCACUUACAGCAGUAAUCAUACGACCGAAGUCACUAACAUUAAACCGAUGGUUAUAUCGCUAGAUGCAAUAAUUGGGAAGCCUAGUAUUACAAAACAGAAGGACCCACAGGUGGACACUGAUAACCGCGCCGACAACAGCUAUAUCGAUCCAAAGCUUAUAAACAAAUGUGAUAAUUUACCGAUAAAUCUGGUCAGAGCUUCAACUAAGGAUGUGGAUGAUAGUUGCAUCGGCGGCAUGUCUGCAGAAGGUAAGAAGCUCACGCUGAAAACCGUUGAGCCGAAACAGGAACGGUCGGUUGCUCCACCACCUCCACCACCGCGAGCCUCGAUAAGUGUGGCCCCGAAACCACCCGAACGCACGCGUAUCGAGACUAGUUUCGAUUACAGCAAAACAAACGACGGGCCCAACAGCAGCAGUGCUGAGAGCAGUAUCAGUGACAACAGUAGCCCGGCCGCAAGUCAUUCCUCCAGCCCAGUGGAUCAUCAUAGAAUAAGCAAAAGUAGUACAAACUGUGAGAAACGACCACAGCUUACCCGCCAGGAUCGGGAAGAUUCGGGAUACCGCACCGGACAUGAGUCGGGCAAUUCGGAUGUACAGGAGCAGCCGAAAAAAUCAUCCAUCGCACCGACGCCUCCGAAGGGCGAAGAUAAUCAUGCUCCCAAAAGUAGUACGGUAACGCAACCAACCUACAAUCUGACCAGGUUGAAAUCACCAUCGUCGUACUUGGGCAACCUUAACCACACACGAUCACCGUCAAGCAAUACCACACCGUCCACACCUUCGGCUGGCCGUGAUCGAUCAGUCAUAGCUUCGGCGCUGGAGCAAUUCGAUGUCGAUGAAUUUAUGCAGUCGCUGGAAGAUUUGCAUCAACGUUCGCCACUCAGUGCAAAAGAAUACAAACAUUCACUGUUUUCUCGUACCGACAGCAGUCGCCGGACGGUGUCCAGCUACGGUGAUCAUGGCAAUGGCAAACGAAGCAAUAGCCUGGACAGUGGCGGCCACAGAGAGGCCGCUGUUGUUAACACAGUCCAUCACGUACACAGCAAUAAUGAAAGUAGUGGCGUGCCACGAGUGGAUAUGUGUGUGCGGAAUGGUAGCGGCACAGCCAGUAAUAAUAACAGUAGCAAUAGUAGUAGUAGCUUUAGUAGUCCUAGCCAUUACAGUAAUAGCCUCAACAGUAACACUUACUAUAACAGCAAACCGAUUAAUACCCAACAUCCACACAACCACAGCACCACUGCUGGCGAUGGGCACGAGCAUUCAAAGGGUACGGAAACCGUUCAUCCGCCUGUCCAUCACCAACGAAGCAACGUUGCCCGUCGAAGGAUGAGCGAAGACUCAGCUGCCAUUUCGCUUCCCGCUGUACCGUCGUCGGCUAAUAAUAAUAAUGGGUCUAGCGGUACUACUUCCCUGUCGACAAUGCAGAAUUUACCUAACAUUCACAGCAGGCCAACGACGGCAGCGGACCCGUUGCAGAACGGAAGUGGCAAGAAUGGGCAGCCAGUCGCACAUCCGUACUACUCAUCGCCGAGUCCCGUAAACGGUAGGAAGAAUAGCUACAGUAACAAAUCAUCAUACCACGCUAACCAUACCGGCACAUCAGCAUCAUCAACUCCAACUUCGUCCCAUGUAACCGGACACAUGUACGAACCGAGGUACCCGGCGGAAUCGUUCGAUCAUUUGGAGCGUGAUCUGCUGAAAAGCGUACAGGAACUCAAUCGCAUGUGCGGUUCCUCGUCCUCCGUAUGUUCGAUCGAUUCCGAGGAAUUGUACAGCGUCGAGGAUUACCCGUUGAACAAGCGAUCGUCCGAACGUUCGCAGGCUAGUGCUGAUUCAGCAUAUCGCAGCAGUCUAUCCACGCAGUCACCACCAGACUAUGCACCUCCCGUGCCAAUACGCCAGACACGGCCGAGUUCGCGCAGCUCUACCACCACCUGUCAAAUCCAACCGGCGCAGCCAACGAAUGCACUAGACAGCAGCUCGUUCAGUAGCCUUCCGCUUCACACAUCGCUUCCACCGAUAACCAGUGCUUCACAGCUCAAGGGCCACAAGCAUGAAGCACUGCCCCACAAAGACAAUUCCGACGGGAUCGCAAAUCUGAUCAUGAAUCCCAUGUCCAAAUUUUGUCACGAGUGUGGUGCACGGUUUAUGAUUAGUAGCGCCAAGUUUUGUAUGUCGUGCGGUGUGCGACGCAUCACGCUGGAAUAGAGUUUGAACGUUCGAGCAAGCAGUUUCGUUUAAAAGCUUUUACUAUUCUAGCUUUACGGGCAAAAAAGGAAGGAUUACCUUAAAUAGAUUGCUUACGUUACCACACAGCAAAGAAUAUUGAGUAUGGAAGUUGUUGGAAGUGUCACCCAUGCUGUUUAAAGCAAACAAACAAACAAAAAAUCGUAGAUAAUUAAUGUAUCAAAACUUUACAAUGCACCGCAUAUUAACAAAGACUGAAAAAAAACUGUUCUAACCACAAUUGGUUGUAUGUCCUCCCCUUGAGUACACUAAGUUGAUAAACUUAUCUUACUUCCGCAUUUACUACCCAACACACUCACAUUUGCUAGGGUUUAAGGGCCGACAGACAGGCAAUGAAACACACCCACAAAAUAAUUUAUAUUUCUGUCAGAAAGAAUUAAUCAAACUCUAAUAAUGGAAGUCUAACAGGUCGUUAAUAUUGUGUUUCGUUCUCGGUUGGAAACAAUUGCAAGAUCACAGUUAAUUUAAGAUUGCAAAUUUACACAUCGUCACGUUGCAAAAGAUGGCAGUACGCUCCAUCUUUUUAUUGCAAAACCCAAAUUCUUAUCGCAAUACACGUUAUCUUGUAUCAGCAAUUUAAACGUUCAGAUACGUUAGAAGUAUGAUGUUUAUGGGCGGCGAUAAUGAUUAGUUUUUGCUUGACUUUGCUGAUGCUUUGUUAAAAAUUAUGUGCAGUAAAAAAAAAAUCUUUCGUAAUUUUUUAAAUUCAUCUCAAUGCUAAGUGGAAGCAGACGGUUUAUCUUCAUUUUACAAAACGUUUGAAUAAAAUCUAAUAAAAAGUGAAUGUCAAUGAAUCUUUCUCGCUUUUUUUAUAGCAUAGGCAUACCGAAGAAGCACCAUGCAGUUUAAAUUGUUUGUGUAGCCUGACAAAAGAAACCAAUUUCAAACGAGCUUUGUAUAGAACAUGACAGUUGAUAGAUGGAAAUUUUUGCGAGGGAAAUUUUGGUCUGCAAGACAGCAUACAUACAACUAACGUGAGUGAUUUAUCUGAUAGUGAAAACUAAAGUGUUAAUAUUUUAACAGAUUCAAUAAAAAAGAAACCUAUAACAACAUGUA